GACAGAGCGGCUGCCUGCUGGAUCUCUGCCUUUCCCUCUUUUCCUCGCUUUCCUCUAGAAAUGGAGAUCAAAGGCCCAGAGACUCCCAGAAUCCAACAGCAGAUGGAGGGCUUCCAUAGACUACCUGCAAGCCCAACUAAGUCUCAUUACCUGGGAGCACUGCAGCUUUUGGAGUAGUUUCCUCCAGAGUUUUCGCCUCACCUGUCCAGAGGGAAACACAGAAGUGAAACCUUUCUUUUGUUAUUCUUCUUGUAUUAAUUUUUUCUUCUUACUGCAGCCUCCUCCUGUGUGCAGAGCUACAGGCUCCGAACUCUUUCCUCCUCCCCUUUUCUCUUUCACUCGCUCAGCUGUCACUCUGCCUUGCACUCUCAAGAUAUCCCCUUCCCUCUUUCUAGGGUUUCAUAGUGCAUCAGGAUCUUAUUGAGAGGCAGGGGUGGAUUUAAUCCCGCUGCUUUUCGCCGUGUUUAAGAAUAUGGACGUGUUAUGAGUGCUACUUCAGCAUGAACAGACUGGGGUCAUGGAAAUAACAAAAGGUCACAGGCCAGUGCCUCACAGAGCCUCUCACUUAGCUUUGAAUAACUAGAUACAGAAUACUUUUUCAAUUCUUGACCUUUUUAGCACUGUUUUUAGCUAAGGCAGAUUUCCCGGAGCAGUUUUUUUUUUUUUUUUUUUUUUUUGCAUGUGUAUUUCUUGGAUCUAUCAGAUAUCCAAUCAUGGGGAAUGCAGCAGGAAGCAUGGAGGUACCCCAGGGGAAGGAGAGCAGGACGGUGUCUGCCCCUCCAGGCUCCACAGGCUCCCAGAAACGAACUGUGGGGCUGAAACUCCCGAUGCCACCUGAAGAAGAGCUGGAGCAACGCUUCAGUGCAGUGCUGAACACGAUGAACCUUCCUCCAGACAAGGUGAAGAUCCUCAGUCAGUAUGACAACGAGAAGAAGUGGGACCUGAUCUGUGACCAGGAGCGGUUUCAAGUGAAGAAUCCACCAUCCGCUUAUUUAGAGAAGCUGAAGAGUUAUCUGGAUCACGGAGGAGUCAGUCGAAAGUUUAAGAGACGUGUCCAGGAAUCCACUCAGAUCCUGAGAGAGUUGGAGAUUUCCCUGAGGACCAAUUAUAUUGGCUGGGCUCAGGAGUUUCUAAACGAGGCGAACCAAGGCUUAGACGUUCUCGUGGACUAUCUGUCCUUUGCCCAUAGUGCUGUCACGUAUGAUGCGGACACUCUGGACAAUGGCACGCUGCCCGCAGAUAAAUGCAAAACCACGGACAAGGCGGUGGAAAAUCAGAGCAGAAGUGCCAGCAACUCGCCUUCUCACAGUGCCUCGAAGGCCAACAAGGGCUUCACAGUAAGGAAAGCCCUGAGGAACUCCCGAGCUGUGAGCCAGACGGAUGACGUUCAUCUGUGCAUCAUGUGUUUACGUGCCAUCAUGAACUAUCAGACUGGAUUCAACCUGGUGAUGAAGCAUCCCUGCUGUGUCAACGAGAUCACGCUCAGCCUCAACAACAGAAACCCAAGGACCAAGGCGCUGGUGCUGGAGCUGCUGGCGGCCGUGUGUUUGGUGAGAGGAGGCCAUGACAUCAUCCUCUCCGCCUUCGACAACUUCAAAGAGGUGUGUGGCGAGAGAAGUCGAUUUGAAAAGCUCAUGGAGUAUUUCCAAAAUGAAGACAGCAACAUCGACUUCAUGGUGGCCUGUAUGCAGUUCAUCAACAUCGUGGUGCACUCGGUGGAAAACAUGAACUUCAGAGUCUUCCUCCAGUAUGAGUUCACUCAUCACGGGCUGGAUGACUACCUUGAGAAGUUGAAGUUCACAGAGAGCGACAGACUGCUGGUGCAGAUCCAGGCCUAUCUGGACAAUGUGUUUGAUGUGGGCGCUCUGCUGGAGGACGCGGAGACCAAGAACGCUCUGCUGGAACACAUGGAGGAACUGCAGGAGCACAACUCACAGCUGAGCACCCAGCUUCAGGAGAGCGAGAGGGAGGCCAUGGAGAAAAUCUCAGAAUUGGAGAAGCAGCUCAUUCAGACCACAAAAGAAGUGGAGCUCCUAAAGGAGAGUCUACGUGAGUCCUGCUCCCAGGUGACUCUUCUGCAGCAGCGAGAACGAGAGAGAGAGCUGGAACGUGAGCGAGAGAGAGAGCGAGAGAGAGACAAGGACCGAUGCACCCAGGCCCUGAGGGAGCUGGAGGUCAAAGUUCAGGCUCUGGUGGAGCAGGGGCUGAUCCGAAUGGAGCGCUCCUCCUCUGGACACCUGGAGGUUCAGGUGGUCCCCGUCAUCCAGCACGUGAUACAGACGGCUAAAGAAGCAGAUUCAGGUAAUGACCACAAGGCCCCUCCCCCCUCCACAGACCCUCAGCCUCACCUCUCUGAGGGUCCUCAGCAGGCGGCGACAGUGCAAGCUCUUCCUCCACCACCUCCAGGCUCAACUAGAACCCCCCCUGUUCCUCCUCCUCCUCCACCAGCGGCUCCACCGCCCCUGCUGCCUCCUGGAGGUGGUACGACCCAGCCAUCAGGGGACGGGACUGAAGGGAGCUCAGGCUGUAAAAAAAAGAAGGCCAUUCAAACAAAGUACCGCAUGCCGCUGUUAAACUGGCAGGCGCUAAAAUCCAACCAGGUGGCAGGAACCAUCUUUAACGAGCUGGACGAUGAGCAAGUCUUGGAGGAGCUGAACAUGGCUGCUUUUGAGGAGCAGUUCAAGACCAAGGCCCAGUCCACUCCUGUAGAGCUGGGGACCCUCAAGAUGAAACUGGCCCACAAGACUCCCAGUAAAGUGUCUCUAAUGGAGCCCAACAGGGCCAAAAACCUGGCUAUCACCCUGCGCAAGGAGGGAAUGGCUGCAUCUGACAUCUGCUGUGCAAUAGAGACGUAUAACCAGAGAGCGCUGAGCCUGGACUUUCUCGAGCUCCUGGAGCGUUUCAUCCCCACAGAGUAUGAAAUGAAGCUCAUCCACAACUACGAGUGUGAGGGCAGGCCCCUGGACGAGCUCAGCGAGGAGGACCGCUUCAUGGUGCGCUUCAGCAAGAUCCCGCGGCUUCCCCAGCGGAUCAGCACUCUCACCUUCAUGGGCAAUUUCCCCGAGAGUGUCCAGCUAAUACAGCCACAACUUAAUGCCCUCAUUGCUGCCUCGAUGUCGAUCAAAUCUUCGAGCAAGCUGAAGAAAAUCCUUGAGAUCAUCUUAGCAUUUGGAAACUACAUGAACAGCAGCAAACGAGAUGCAGCGUACGGCUUCCGCCUGCAGAGUUUAGAUUUGCUGUUAGACACCAAAUCUACAGACCGCAAGCAGACGUUGCUGCACUUCAUCGUCAGCAUCGUCCAGGAGAAAUACAGCGACGUCCAGGCCUUCUACACCGAGCUGCACUUCCUGGACAAGGCGGCGUUGGUUUCUGUUGACAGCAUCCUGCAGGACCUGCGAGCUCUGGAGAGAGGCAUGGAGGUGACCAGGAGGGAGUUCUCUGUCGAAAAAGACAAUCCUGUGCUGCAGGCGUUUCUCAGCAGCAACACCGAGCUGCUCCACUCGCUUAUAGCUGAUGGAAAAACUGCCCAGGAUGCGUAUGACUCCGCUGUGGAGUACUUUGGAGAGAACUCUAAAGCCACGCCGCCCUCCGUGUUCUUCCCGGUUUUUGUCAGGUUCAUCAAAGCGUACAAGCAAGCUGAGCAGGAGAACGAGCAGAGGAAGAAACAACACGUCCUGAACUGUGAAGCCCCAUCAACGCCACCUAAACCUGAAGUCACGGGGAACAAGGUUUCUGUGACGUCCAAACUGCCACAGAUGGAUCUAAUAGCCGAGCUGAAGAAGAGGCAGGUGUCUCCUCUGGUGAGGGAGGGGAAGGACGGAGCCAUCGAGGACAUCAUCACAGAUUUAAGGAAUCAGCCGUACAGACGGACAGACGGCGGCCGACGCAGCGCCAAGUGGAAACCAGGACAACAGCUCCACGUGUGCUCAGACAUCUCCCUCUGAAAAACAAAAAAACACACUACAGACCAGACUGAAUGCUAAAAAAGCACAAAAGAUCAGACAUUUAAGUCCCUGCGGCAACGAUCCUGCUCUCUCAUGCAUGCUUAAGAAUGCAGAGGUGAAAAUGCACGUUUCCAAGAGAACAAACAACAGAACAAACUCUUUCUGUGACAGUGAGGCACCUUUUCUGAAUAAAAUAUAAACUGAUUGUCGAAAUGUUCUCUGAUUUUAAUAAUCAAAUGUUAGCGGCACAUGACGCUAAUGAUGCUGGAUGUCUCAUGAGGUCAUUAAGACAAUUACACAGAAGAAUGAGCCAUUUAGGUAAAAGUGACUGUUCAAACGGCAUUAAGGAGAAACCUAGAGAGACGGCACACUCAUAAAUCCUUUUGAUGAUAAUCUUAAAAAUGCUCAAAGACAUGAUUUUUUUUAAUUGGUUUUAUUUGAAAUAGAUGACCACUGUCCAGCUUUCUGUCCUCUACUACGUCUCACAAAUUUAGGCUGAAGAUUUGUAAUAUAUUUAAAUUAUUUUUAAUAUCGUAGUGUAAGAAUGAGAAACUUCUACUUUGCUUCCGCAUUCCAACAAAUAAAUAAAACAUUUUAUACCGUU